AUGACGAAGCGAACGAAGAAGGUCGGCAUCACCGGCAAAUACGGUACCCGUUACGGUGCCUCCCUCCGCAAGCAGGUCAAGAAGAUCGAAAUCUCACAACACGCCAAAUAUGUGUGCACAUUCUGCGGCAAGACGACUGUGAAGCGACACUCGACCGGUAUCUGGCACUGCAGCGCAUGCAAGAAGACGAUUGCAGGUGGCGCGUACAUGGUUUCGACACCGGCGGCGGCGGCGACCCGGUCCACCAUCAGACGGUUGCGUGAAAUUGCGGAGGUUUAA